CACACAUGUGCCAGCACUUACUUGUCUUGUGCGCCCUGCUUGUGCGCCCUGCUUGCUUGGGUGGGUGCGUGUUGUGUUUGAAGCGCUGCAGCUUCGACCCCGGGCUUCGCUGUUGGCCGCACCAGGUGUUGCAACAAGCGCCGACACAGGCUCGUCGGCACCCGUCAGACCAGGCCAGCAGCGAAAUUCGCACGCACCACGCAUCGGCAGAGCGGGAGUAGCGUCGAGCUAGGGAGUGCAAGUUCUGACCACUAGCCCAAUCUGACCUUGACAGCACGCGACGAUCGAC